UGCAAUUGACCACGAUGCCAUCGCAACAUUCUGCACAUUACAUAUACUUUAAGGAAGAAGAGGAAGUAAAAGUCAACAAUUCCAAUCCAAGGACGAGGAGAAAAGGUGCAGAAGCUUCCAUUCACAAUUUUUCUCUCCUUGGAAUUGACUGGUAAUCUAACAAACAGCCAUGCCCAAGAAAGCUAUUCUCCAUGAGAAGUUAUAAUCUAAGUUAAUCUCUUACGGUGCACGAGGAGCACCACCAUACGACUAAUAGCAAAAAAGAAUAGUCAAUCUAUUUGAAUAAAUACAUAAAGCCUGUUGAGGAUCCGAGUAAAGAAGAUUUGUACCCAGGCCAGACUGUCUAACCAACGACUUGUAUCAUUUGUUGUUGUUGUUGUGCCCAUACUAAGAAUAAUCAUAAUUCAACCAUAACUUCAUCGCCUAUUCCCACCCUUUACCAGCAAAGACUUCAACAUUCAGCCAUCUAUAUAUCGACCCAAAAACCAGCUCCAUCUUUGGCAGCAUCAGCAAAAAGAAAUGGCUUCCAUCAAUCCACUUUCCUCUCCCAAACUCACAAACUCUGUAUCAUCUACAUUAACUCCACCUUUCAAACCCCAAACCCAGCUUGGCCAAUUCACUCACUCCCCUGUUUUCCCCACCCAUAAGCUCAGCUUCUCCAAACCCAGGAAGAAUGUCACCACCGCUUUCUUCUUCAACUCCAAACCCAAGUCUCCAGCUCAAGCUCCUAGCUCAACAUCAGGGGCAGGGUCCAAAGUCCAAGAGCUGAACGUGUACGAGAUGAACGAGCGAGACAGGGGAAGCCCAGUGGUGCUGAAACUCAGUCAGAAACCUGGUCAACUCGCGCUCGGCGACCUGGUCCCUUUCUCCAACAAGCUAUACUCCGGCGACCUCAAGAAGCGGCUGGGGAUCACCGCCGGAAUCUGCGUGCCGAUCCAGCACGUCCCGGAGAAGAAAGGGGAUCGCUACGAGGCAAUCUACAGCUUCCAUUUCGGGGAUUACGGCCACAUCUCGGUUCAGGGGCCGUAUCUGACCUACGAGGACACUUCCCUGGCGGUGACCGGAGGAACUGGGAUUUUCCAAGGGGUUUCUGGGAAGGUCAAGCUUCACCAGAUUGUGUUUCCAUUCAAGCUUUUUUACACGUUUUACCUCAAAGGGAUACCUGAUUUGCCCGGUGAGCUUCUCGGGAAGCCGGUUGCUCCUUCCCCUAGUGUAGAACCUUCGUCGGAGGCCAAGGCCGCACUGCCCGGUGCGGUUGUCUCUAACUACACCGACUGAGAUCGAUCCAGUCUGGUCGUUUCCCCAAUUUGUUUUAUUCGCUUGAUGAUUUCUUAGUGAUAUUUUAGCCACGGAGGAAAAUAAUAGUAC